UGCUUUUAGGUGUUUUAGGCUGUGUUGCUUUUCUCAUUUUUUGAGAUCUUUUAGAGUCAAUAGCAAGAUUGGUGCUUUUUCCCAGUUUUGCAGAGAUCAGAGUUUUUGGUGGUUUGAGGUUUAUGUGAUUCCAAAGCUUGGAAUCAUUGAUGGGUUGAUUGCCUUUCCAAAAUUUGGUAUUUAGGAUAGUUCAAGAUAAAUUUUUUUUUUUUGCUUCUGGGGUUGGUGGGAAUAUGAGCUUGCAGCCAUUUUGAAUGUGAUUGUUGCAAUUGUAAAAUGCAUUGCCAUUCCAAUCUGUCUAUUGCUAACUUCAGAUCUGUCAAUGAGAUUAGAGAUGGAGUUCGAGAAAAAUUGCAGAGUGGGUCUGAGUCCCAACACUGUUCUUCCAACUCAUCGGCAUUCUUGUGUUGAAAAGAGGAGCACAAAAGGGAGACCACCACGCCGAGAUGAUCUAUUGAGCAUCAAGGAGGGGUUUGUGGAAAUCAGCUUUCAGCGCUAUCGCAGCACUUCCUGUAAGGCACCAUCUAGACCUGUUGGACAGGAAGGUAACAUUGAUUAUAAGCGAGGUUCUAUAUAUCAAAGCUCCAAGGAGGUUAAGGAAAUUAAGAAAAUGGGCACUGCUGAGGGAAGGAAAAAGAUUGAAAAGUCGUUUAGUAGUGGCUCUUCUUUCUCUGAUAGAAUUGUUGAUACGUCCCGUAGUUCAGGUGAGGAAAGCCAACACAUUAGGGCUUCAGUACUGUCUUUGAAACCUGAAUUGAAUGUACCAUCUCCUGGAAGGCCUCAUGUGGAGUCGUGUUCACUUGAUAGCAUUCUAGAAAUAUGUGUGGAUCCUGAUGACAGGGAAGAGCAAUCAGCUGAAGCUUUAGGAGAAGAUCCAAUGCAUUUGAAUCUAAGAAGUGAUCCGGUUGGUGGACCGUCUAACAAUGGAAAUGAACUUCUUGAACGAGAUGAAGUUCACAAAUUGCACAAGUCAUUCUCUGCUAAGGUGGAAAUGCUUCAUACUCCUUCUCCAUCAGAGAGUGAUCGCUCGUCCAGUGUGAGCUCAAAGACCCGGUUCAACAAUAUAAGAAAGGUGUUUGAUCCAUUUAAGAAGUCCAAGUCAUUGCGAAGUCCAAGUUAUGUUGUGGAUCCUGGGGGAGCCAAAACAACUGGGAUGGCAGACGUGACAAAAGGCAGGAUGCAUCAAAAAUCUUUGUUGCCUGUGUUUUCAAAUAUGGUACAGAAUGCAGGUUGUGAUCCUCUGCGUAUCAACCAAGAUUACCACCAGUCUAGUGUAGCAUCUUCGCCGGUUCACCUACAUGGCCAUAUUAAGUUACUAAAUAAACAUGGGAUGCCAUUUUUUGAGUUCUCAUUGAAGGGAUCAGGGGAUGUCUUCGUGGCCAGGACAUGGAAAGCGGAUAAUGGUUUUAACUGGGUGUAUACCUUUCAUGCCAUUGGUGGUAGAAAGAAGAGCAACGCCAGCAGUGUUGGAUUGCAUGGUAGCGAUAGAGACUCUUCAAUGGUGGGACAAAUGCAAGUUUCUUGUUAUCUAUGUUCAGAACUAAAAGAUGGAGCUUUUGACAAUUCCAUGUUGACUGAGUUUGUUUUGUAUGAUAUUUCUCAUGCAAGGCAAAUUGCAGCAGAAAACGCACACUCUAGUUGUACCCUUGAUGAUGCGAAACAUCCCAAAGGUUCCAAUCAGAGCAUGGAGGGUGCAACUUUAAAGUUGGAAGACGGGUCUUGUCCAAUGAAGGUCAAACCUCAACACAAGGGUAGUGAUUCCAAUUCUUCAGCCUGGCCAUUUGCAGCUUUGCAUCCAGGUCUUGAAAUUGCAGCCAUUGUUAUGCAAGUUCCAUUUGAAAAGAGAGAGAACUUGAAAUACAAGAGAGGGGAUAAGGUAUGUGAUAAAGUACCUGCAAACCUUCUUAAGCUCUCUACGGUCAAACAGAAGAAGGAAGACCCUGAUAGUUGGAACUCAGGAAACUUGAAGGUGAUAAUUCCAUCUGGAAACCAUGGUUUGCCAAGUGCUGAAAGCAAGGGUCCUUCAUCAUUACUAGAUCGAUGGAGAUAUGUUGGUGGUUGUGACUGUGGUGGCUGGGACAUGUUCUGUCCUCUUACUGUGUUAAGUAAUCCCAACAUUCAGUUAGCUGAUAAUCAAUUAUUUGAAGAUAAUCAGCAGCCUUUGGAACUAUUUGUUCAGGGAUCAAAGGAGAAAAAACCAGCAUUGACCAUGACAAUGGUUGAAGAUGGACAGUAUGCAGUUGAUUUUCAUGCACAGUUAUCAACAUUACAAGCAUUCUCUAUGUGUGUUUCCAUUCUGCAUGGUACAGAAACAUCAGCAUCAGUCACUGGGCAGGAAGAAAACAAACAGUUGUCCCAGAACAAUUCUUUGAAAGUGCUUAAAGAGGAAGUGAAGUUCUUAAUUGAAGCAGUCACAGAAGGUGAGAAGAAGAUAGUAGCCAAGAGGGUGAAAAAGAUCCAACCAGCUUGUAUGCUCGAUCCUCCCUUCUCUCCUAUUGCACGAGUAUAGAUUUUGAGCAGCACACUUGGUGUUUCUCCAGUGACCCACAUUGGGAUCAGAUGAUGACCCCAAGGGUAUCAGAAACAGAUGGCUGAGACAAUGCCAGCCGCAAUCAAAACUAUAGUACCACGGCACAAUAGGCAGCUGAGUAAACCAGUAAAAUGGCGGUAUCAAAUCGCAACAGACUUUUUGAAGCUGCAUAACUUGCAAUUGCCUGAGUUUUAUUGCCACAGAAGGCUACAUCAAAUGUGAUGUAUAUUUUGAUUGGUUCGUCGCCGCGGUCUAUAAUCAACUCAUCAACAGAAUACAAUACUGUCCAUAUUGAAACUUGUAGCCUUGUAGGAAGGGAAAAGAAGUAGUUAUGUUAUAUGGGAAGGGGAGAUACAGUUCAUUAUCUUUUGCAUUUUUUGUUAGAUAGGAAAGAGGGGUUGGUAUAUCCCCGAAAUGGUGCCACUCUUAUUUUAUAAUAUGAAGAAGCCAGAAGACAAGCAA